GUAAGUUGAAGUUGGGAAUCAAGCUGGAUAGGGCAUCAAGGCUUUAUUUUCGAGUUCCAAAGCGUUACAAUCGAUAUAGUUUUAAAUAGAUUCCAUCAUGGCGAUGCAGGACGUUAUAAAUAAGGUGAAGGGAACGGCUCUCGGAGUUGCGGAGUACUUGACACCUGUUUUGAAGGAGUCAAAGUUUCAAGAAACGGGCGUCAUUACUCCGGAAGAAUUUGUUGCAGCAGGAGAUCACCUAGUACAUCACUGUCCAACAUGGAAAUGGGAUUCAGGACCUGAUGAUACUAAAAUAAAGAGCUAUCUUCCAAAAGACAAGCAGUUUUUGUAUACAAAGAAUGUUCCAUGCUAUAAGCGAUGCAAAGAAAUGGAACACCAGGAGGAAAAUGAAGCAAUUGUUGAACCCGAUGAAGACGGUGGGUGGGUGGACACUCACCACCAUGUUGAUCCAAGUGGGGAACAAGCUGUCACCGGCGCUCAGGAGUCAUUUGCAGAGAUGACACUUGAAUCUGACAAGGGCACAAAAGAUGUAACACCAGUAGAUAAUGAUGACGAAGAUGAAGAUGAUGAGGAGGAGGCAGUAGAUAUGGAAGCUUUUGAAGAAAGUGGAAUGCUUGAAAGUGAUGAGGCUACCUUGUCAAUCAAAGCAUCAUCUAAAGCUGAGUCAGGGGGGGAGGGUGCAACAGAUGCAAGCGCCUCUGGAGGAAUUCUGCAAACAAGAACUUAUGACAUGUACAUCACAUAUGACAAAUAUUAUCAAACACCACGACUGUGGCUGUUUGGUUACAAUGAGAACCGAGAACCUCUUGCUGUAGAAGAGAUGUAUGAGGAUAUGAGUCAGGAUCAUGCAAAGAAAACAGUAACAGUAGAAGCUCAUCCUCACUUGCCAAUGACCAUGGCAUCUGUUCAUCCUUGUAGACACGCAGACGUAAUGAAGAAGAUCAUACAGACAGUCGCUGAUGGUGGAGGAGAGCUUGGAGUUCAUAUGUAUCUGCUUAUCUUUCUCAAAUUCGUCCAGGCUGUUAUACCCACAAUAGAGUACGACUAUACGAGGCACUUUACCAUGUGAUCUUGAACAAAACCAAGUAAAUAGUCCAUUUCCGAAUUACCCUUGACCUCAUUUUCAAAACGAGGCCUGGUGCUCAACCAUUCUUGUGAAU